UGCCGAUAAGCCGGUGUAUCGGCCAUUUUGUCUGUUUUUGUGUGCGCCGACUCGGACCCGUAUUUCUUUCUUUUGCUGGAAUCCUGUCGUGUUGGCAGUGAUAUCGUAGGAUGUCCUCUCUUGCUAGAUUUAGAUUGCCCGUUUUGGCGCUGAGAUCGCUUAGACGGCAGGCGCCACAAGUACAACAAAAGCGGCAUGGUUCACUACUAUAUAGAGCAUUACCAGUACCACCAAGGAAACACUACUGGACUGGUGAGGCUAUUAUGGGUUUGAUGUGGUUUUGGAUUUUGUGGAGGUUUUACCAUGAUCCAGAAAUGGUUAUUGGUCAUGGCUAUCCUGAUAUCUCCAAAUGGACAGAUGAAGAAUUAGGAAUUCCACCAGAUGAUGAAGAAUGAUUUUUUUGUAGCGAUCUUUUAGGUGCCUGUAGACCAAAUAUACUAAUAUCUGAUCGUCUUUGUGACAUGGAUUGUUUGCAGUAUCAGGAAAUGAAGAACUAGACAGCCUGCUGUAUUGUUUUAUUUUCUCAUCCUUGUUUUGUAAAUAGCUAUAUUGAGUGAAUAAAAAAACCCAAAAAAUCAAAUGUUUUUGACUAUCCCAUUAAUUUAAGUCAGGUUGAACACAAAACAAUGUAUGUGGAUACAUUUGUAAUAAACUUGGAUCAAAUAAAAA